AUGACACAUAAAGCAACCAAACGACAACGAAUUAUAAUUAAUACGAGUACAUGGGAUUGUUCAUUAUGUACAUAUAAAAAUUCUUGUGUAACAUUUCGAUGUGAAAUGUGUGAUUCACAUAAAGGGACAGCUACUCGAAAACCAAAAAUUGUAGUAAACGUUCUUACAGAACAAUUACCAAAAUCAAAACAUAAAACUAAUGAAGAUUAUUCGUCAGAUACAUCAUUUACUGACGAUUCAGAUAUUCAAGAUAAUGAUGAAGAAUUUCCAGAAAAUGAACGUAAAACAAAUCAUUCUCAUCAAAUUCGACGAAUAGAUCACAAUGAAAAUAGUUCUUCAUCAUCUUUAACAACACAUUCAUUUUGUUCAAUUUCACCUUCAUUAUCCUUAAAAAUUAAUGAUCAUUCCAAUUUAUCGAAAACAAAAAAACGAUCAACUUGCACAUCAAUUUCAUCUUCAAGAAAAUUAACAGUGAAUAAUCAAAAAAUUUUCAGUAAAAAUCAAACAUUAAAAUCAAAAGAUAAUAAUCAGAAAAAUAAAGUCAAUCUUCUACAACAGAAAAAAAAAAAUUCUAAAAUUUCUUCAAUGUCAUCAUCAUCCUCAAUUUUAUCGUCAACACAUAACACAACCAUAAUAACAGUCGAUGGUAUAUCUGUUCAAAUUACUGAAUUAUUACCUAACGAGACUAAUUCUUUGAUUAAUACGAAUACACUUUUUGAUGAUCGUGACAUAUUCCGAGCACCUUCAUCUUCAUCAAUAAUUCAAACAUCUAGUUAUAUUUGCUAG